GCACAAUGUUACAUAGACGUGGGAUAUCACAAGCCAACCACUGGCAACCACACACAGUGGAUGUUCCCUGACCAUCAGCUCAUGYCCACACCAACACAAAAUAUGGAUGGAAAUCUACCGUUGACCCAAUCAUCGUAUUGCACCGUGGUAGAUACAAAAGACCAGUCUAAACUAAUAUGCUACACGCAUACAACAUCUGGGAUAUUCAAUGUUGGCUUGACAAAUGCCUUUGAUGUGUGGAGCACAGAUUUCACCGAGGAGACAUUGAACCAGUUUAGACAGAAGUUUGCCUUAAAGUCAACAGAGGAAUUUAUCCUGAAAAUCAGGUCUGCGUGUGGGAGUGGGAGUGUGUCKGUAUCGGUGCAGGACACCAGUGCAGUGCUCUAUGUAGUGGCCAGUCCAGGAGACCUGAGUGUGACUCUGUCCAGGCUAAAAGAACAAGAGGCUAAAGAGGUCCUGAGAGAGCUGCUGUUUAGAAUGGCAGACAGCCUGACCCAUUUAAACAAUACUGCAGGCCCUGCCUCAUUCAGUCCUGGGAAGAGUCCGCACAAACGGAAUACAGACUUUGAGCCAAGGAGACACCAGCAGAGUGGCCAAACUAUGGCAGUCAAGAAGCGUCUCCCAGGAGAUUCUCUCAUCAACCCAGGAACUAAGAGAAAGCGUCAAGCAACCGGGGUGGCAUUUGAUGAAGAAGACGAUCAAUGAUGAUUUGCUAAGAGGAAUGACCACAGUUGCUUUCCAUCCUUGCUGUCACAUUUCUCCAGCAUACAAACAAUAUAGUGCAUGAAUGUUCUUUUAAUCCACUAACACUAAUCCAUACAACUUCAACAAAAAAAAGAUAUACCUAUUUAAUGAAUACUGUCCAAAUGAUGACAAUCUACUUUUUAAGGACUAAUGGGGUAGAGUCCCAAAUGGCACUCAUUCCCUACUUGGUGCACUACUUUUGACCAGAUCCCUAUGGGKCAUGAUUAAAAGUAGUGCACUAUAUAGGGKGCAUGAUUAAAAGUAGUGCACUAUAUAGGGUGCAAUUUUAGACGCACUCAUUAUCAUUACCUUAAUCACUGUGGGAAGACUUGAAACAUGAUAUUUAAAAAAAUAUAUAAUAAUAAUAAUUCUCCCCAAUUUCCGUGGUAUUUAAUUGGUAGUUACAGUCUUGU